UUUCGUGAACGCGCUUGUGUGGUUUUUUUCUCGAACAUGGAGGCGAUUGUGUCAGAUCUUGUGGCACCAGAAGAUCUAAAGAGGUUUGAGAAGAAGUACAACGAUGAGCUUGUGAAAGGACCCGUUUCCAAAGAAACGACCUUUGAAUACGCCUGGUGUUUGAUCAGAAGCAAGCACACAAAUGACAUCGUAAAAGGCAUUCAUCUAUUAGAAGAACUGGUUCAUAAAAGCAAGAAAGAUGAUCAGAGAGAUUUCCUCUUCUAUCUUGCUGUUGCGAACUACAGACUUAAGGAGUAUGAGAGAGCACUGAAGUACAUUCGUACACUUCUGAAGAAUGAACCGGAAAAUAAACAGGCCCUGGAACUGGAGAAACUCAUCAACAAUGCGCUAAGAAAAGAUGGGUUAGUUGGCAUGGCGAUCGUCGGCGGUAUUGGUUUAGGUGUGGCCGGAUUGGCUGGUCUUAUUGGUUUGGCCGUGGCCAAAGGUGCAAGGUCCUAAUAUGGAGAUCCUGAUGAGGGUACUUUGUGGCCUGUGCCUUUUUAUUUUAUAUUUUGCUGCCAAGAUUUUCAUAAUGAGCUAUCAUAUUUGACCACAUUUCUUUUGCUUUAUGAUUCUCCAGCUCUUUCUGAUAUGUAAAGAGAUGUGGGGUUGUAAUAAAGUUAAAAAUUGUAUGUCUUUACUUUAAAACUUCAACUACAGAGGUUUGCCAAGGAUUUGCAGUACAGAAUAAGAUGUAUUGUAUGCACUUUUUUGGGUUUUCUCUUUUUUUAAUUAAAUAUAUAAAUGUACUUACACUAUAGAUGAUUAAUAUGGAACACUUUUGAUAAACUACAUUAAAACCUCACAUCUGUUAAUAAAUUAAAAUGUGUGCUUACUGAACUUGUAAGGUGUGUUUACAUGCGUUGCACAUUUGAUUUGGAAGUGUCAUGCAUGACCUGCCUUGUAAUGCAUUUUCUUACAAGUCAUCAUUGUCAGCACCGUGUUAAUUACACACUGGUUAACAUGUGCUGUCAAGUGUUUCAUCUUCCCUUCCUUGAGUGUUUCCUGUGUGACUUUUUGUAAUAAUAUACUGAAACAUCUGCAAAGAAAAAGCACAAAGUGUUUUCUUUGUCCUCCACACAUUGUUAAGAUGAACAAGAAACUGGAGUCAAGUCAAUAAAUUCAACAAAACAAGGUA